CGUCAGCACCCAUCAGAUACCCCGUGCGCAUCACUGUAAACUCCCCAGACGAGAUUGUCAGCGACAUCUGUAGCCACACAUACACGAAUAUACGCGGCGAAUAGCCCAAACGGGCAACAUGGCGCGGAAGAGCAAUGUCGACUCGGAUGGCCCGUCGACGGCAGAUGCAUCUGCGAACGAGGAUGUAGAGAUGCAGGAUCAGGAUACGAAGAUCAGCGGAUUCAAGAAGUUCGGGUACUACCAGGAUACGCCAGACUAUACAGACUCAGACACCAACCCCAACACCACAGCAAGCAGCGUAGCAGGCGACGCCCCAGUGGAUGGGCGAAAGAAGCGCGCAGAGGCACUAAAUAUGCGCAAGAGCAUAUACGGCAAGAAGCAUGACCGCUUAGGCGCCUCAAAGGAAGACGAUACUAUUCGGCGCUUCCGUUACCUGCUCGGCCUCACAGAUCUGUUCCGUCAUUUCAUCGACACGAACCCCAACCCCCAUAUCAAGGAGAUUCUCGCCGAGAUCGACCGCCAAGACGAGGAGGAAGUCAAGAAGACCAAGGCGAGCAAAGUGCGCAAGGGCGGAGCUGCCGCAGAGCGGCGGCGCAAAACCGAGCAGGAAGAAGACGCUGAAUUGGUCCGCGAAGAGAAGCAUGGACACAACGAGACCAUCUUCCGAGAAUCGCCCGGCUUCAUCAACGGUGUCAUGCGCGACUACCAAGUGAUGGGCCUCAACUGGCUGAUCUCUCUGCAUGAGAAUGGUAUCUCGGGUAUAUUGGCUGACGAGAUGGGUCUCGGAAAGACUCUCCAGACGAUUUCCUUCCUCGGGUAUCUCCGCUUCAUCGCCGGCAUCACAGGUCCCCACCUAGUCGUUGUACCGAAAUCGACCCUGGACAACUGGAAGCGCGAGUUUGAGAGAUGGAUUCCCGAGAUCAAUGUGCUGGUUUUGCAGGGAAACAAGGACGACCGUGCCGAGCUUAUCAAAGAGCGACUGGUCGACGAGAAGUUCGAUGUCUGCAUCACCAGUUAUGAGAUGAUUCUUCGCGAGAAGACGCAUCUCAAGAAGUUCGCUUGGGAGUACAUCAUUAUCGACGAGGCCCAUCGUAUUAAGAACGAGGAGUCGUCUCUUGCACAGAUGGUCCGUCUGUUCAAUUCGCGAAACCGCCUGCUCAUCACCGGUACCCCACUUCAGAACAACCUCCACGAACUCUGGGCGCUGCUCAAUUUCCUUCUCCCAGAUGUCUUCGGUGACUCUGCCGCUUUCGACGAAUGGUUCUCCCAGCAGGACACAGACUCCGAUACCGUCGUGCAGCAGCUUCACAAGGUGUUGCGACCAUUCUUGCUUCGUCGUGUAAAGGCCGACGUCGAGAAGUCGUUGCUUCCCAAGAAAGAAAUUAACUUGUACGUUGGCUUGUCUGACAUGCAAGUAGAUUGGUACAAGAAGAUUCUUGAGAAAGAUAUCGAUGCGGUCAACGGCGGUGCUGGUAACAAGGAGUCCAAGACUCGUCUUCUCAACAUUGUCAUGCAGUUGCGGAAGUGCUGCAACCACCCGUACCUCUUCGAGGGCGCCGAGCCCGGCCCGCCAUACACCACCGACGAGCAUCUGGUCAACAACGCUGCAAAGAUGGUCAUGCUCGACAGGCUACUCAAGCGCAUGAAGGCCCAGGGCAGCAGAGUACUCAUCUUCUCUCAAAUGAGUCGUGUCCUGGACAUUAUGGAGGAUUACUCGGUUAUGCGAGGAUAUCAAUACUGCCGUAUUGAUGGUUCAACUGCUCACGAGGACCGUAUUGCCGCCAUCGACGACUACAACAAACCAGACUCGGAGAAAUUCUUGUUCCUGCUCACCACUCGUGCUGGUGGCUUGGGUAUCAACUUGACUACUGCAGAUAUUGUUGUUCUGUUCGACAGUGAUUGGAAUCCGCAGGCCGAUCUUCAAGCCAUGGACCGUGCCCAUCGUAUCGGCCAGACCAAGCAGGUCUACGUCUUCCGAUUUGUAACUGAAGGUGCUAUCGAAGAGAAGGUGCUCGAGCGCGCGGCUCAGAAGCUCCGCCUCGACCAGCUUGUCAUCCAGCAAGGUCGCUCACAACAGCCCGCCAAGGGUGCCGCAUCCAAGGACGAGCUGCUCACAAUGAUUCAGCAUGGUGCCGAGAAAGCAACUGGUGACCAAGGCGACGAUGACGACUUUGAUGCCAUCAUGCAGCGCGGUGAGCAGAUGACCAAGAAGCUCAAUGAGAAGUACGAGACAUUGGGACUGGACGAUCUACAAAAAUUCACAUCGGACUCUACCUACGAAUGGAACGGUGAGACGUUCGAGCCACGUAAGAAGAACGUUGGUCUAACUUGGAUCAACCCUUCGAAGCGUGAGCGCAAGGAGCAGAACUAUGGCAUCGACAUGUACUACCGCAAGACUUUGGUCACUGGCGGCCGCACUGAGAACAAGCAACCCAGGAUCCCUCGCGCGCCGAAGCAGAUUCUCAUCCACGACUACCAGUUCUUCCCAGAGCGACUGGCAGAACUCCAGGACAAGGAGACUGCUUGGUACCGGAAAGAAAACAACCUCAAAGCGCCCCUGCCGGAAGGCCCUGAUGAGGACCUCGAGGCUCGCGAGGCCGACCAGGAACUUGCUCAAAAGGAAAUCGACAACGCAGAGCCGCUGACAGAAGAGGAGAAGGCCGAGAAGGAGCGCUUAAUUGAGAAGGGCUUCCCUGAAUGGAAUAAGCGGGACUUCCAACAGUUCCUGAACGGAUCCGCUAAGUUCGGUCGAACAAAUUAUGAAGGUAUCGCUGAGGAAGUCGACGGCAAGAAUGCCCAAGAGAUUCAAGAGUAUGCCAAGGUCUUCUGGAAGAAGUACAAGACUCUCGAUAACUGGCAAAAGCACUUGGGUGUGAUCGAGGAUGGUGAGCUACGCGUCCGCCAAUCCGAGCAGAAGAAGGAGCUCCUCAAGAAGAAGAUCGGCAUGUACCGCCUGCCUCUUCAGCAGAUGGUCAUCAAGUAUACCGUAUCGACCACGAACAAGAAGGUGUACACCGAAGAGGAGGAUCGCUUCCUCCUUGUCAUGCUUAACAAGUAUGGCGUGGAGGGCGAUCAAAUCUACGAACAAAUCCGCGAUGAGAUUCGCGAGUCGCCUCUUUUCCGCUUUGACUGGUUCUUCCUGAGCCGCACACCACAGGAGAUUGGUCGUCGGUGCAACACACUGAUCCAGACCGUCGUCCGUGAACUCGGCGGCGACGAGAUGAGGAAUGGCAAAGGUGGCAAGCGUGCGUACGACGAGGAUGAGACAGAGGAGGAAGAGAUCGAGGAGCCCGUCAAGAAGAAGGCCAAGAACGGUGUCAAGAACAAGCAGCUAGAUGCUGUCAAGGGCAAGGCAUCUCCAGCAUCCGCCUCAACAUCCAGAGCCAGCAGUGUUGCUUCGAACGGAUCAGCUACCAAAGCCAAGGGCAAGGGCAAGAAGAAGUAGAGAAAUGUAAGAUCACGGGUACGAGGCUUUGGCAUGGCAUGGCAUGGAGUUUGGCGUAUGUUGAAGCAUGGCUUGUGGCUGGGACAUGCUUGACGGCAAUGGAGUGCCCGUUAGCACGACACUUGUUUGUGCGAUAACUUUGUUAGACUGUAAUUCAACCAAAUUAUGAGA